AUGCUGCCUCAUAUCCUCCAUAGUACAACUCGCGCCGUCGCGGUUGUCCAGAACCAAACCCACACUCUCAGGAAUGUUCUCCAACUCCAGUCGUCAGGCCCUUCGUCGGGCUCAGGCUCGAGCUGGGGCAAUGGUCCAGGUCCAGGCGGCUCCAAAUACAAUACAGGCAGUCGAUUUUAUGGAUAUAAUAGCGCUGGACGGGCAGUGACCCAGGCAAAUGCAAUCACAUCCCAGGAUGCAUUCUCAUCUCAGACAGAUGAGAAUGAGGACAUCACACCUCGAAGGCCAGUGGUAUCGAGGACACCCAAGACCACUCGGAUGCGCAGCUCGAGUGUGUCUAUGGGUACCUCAGGUCGCGUUGAACGCGGUGAAAAGAUGGGCGUCCUCAAGACCGUUCAACUACACAGGCGGGCGAAACACACAUUCGCUCCCCUAGAGACUCUAGCUUCAGCAAAAGAAAGGCUUCUUGCUGCAGAUCCCGUUGACUCGAGCUCUGCACCGCUCCGUAUCCGCCGAAACUCGACAUCUGAGCCUUUGAGUCCUUUGCUCACCCCAUCGGCGGACGUCCCACUAGAGGAUGUCGAGGAACUACCGAAGGCAAAAGCGAGCGCAGGAAAAGAAGGGCAUCCCCCUUCCCCUACCCCAGGCGCUCCUACUCCAUCUUCAUCUUCAUCCGACUUCGUCCAGCUAUUCGGGCGUCUGGAGAAAUUGGGGGACGAAAAUGUGGUCGCAGAUACCGUACGCCAUCUGCUGAAGAAACCGAAGGUUAAAGUGAAAGAAUUCAAUGCUGCUUUACACGCCUUGGCCACUACUCGCCUCGCCGGACAUCCUAUUCAAAGUAUCAUUCAGCUCUACAACACUAUGUUAAGCCAGUCGGUGGUACCUAAUGUCCAGACAUACGAAACUCUCAUUGGUGCCCUUCUUACUCGCGAUGAAGAAGUUCGCAAAGCCAUCGUUACCUUGGAAAUGCGCCCCAAACAGGUGCCACUUGUUGGUCGCAUGGAAGUCGCGUCAAUGGAAGCAGACCAGGACAGGAUCGCCAAACUCAAGGAAGAACAAAAUUUCUCGACAGCCCUAUCCCUUUUCGAAGGUGUAUUGGCUGUUGGAGGCAGGGAAAAACUUGCGCAUUCAACUUACGUCAAACUUUUGUCAGCAUGUGCAGGCCAUACUGACGUCGACGCUGCCAUCCACAUCUUUGCGCAACUGGAGGCCAUCAAGGACAUGAAAAUUGGCAUCAACGUUUAUGAGUAUCUGAUCUUGACAUUUUCAAAUGCGAAGAAGAUCGAAGAAGCAGAACACAUCUUCGAAGCCUUCCUUACCGCAUCUCGUUCAGGCAAACUCAGGCGUUACCCUCUCCCUAUGGCCGAUGCUGAGCGACGGGCGCAAAUUAUGGUUUGGAACGUAAUGAUUGAGGCCUAUUUCCGUGCCGAGAUGCCAGACAAAGCCAUUGAACUCGUCGAACGAAUGGUCAACUCGACAGCGGGUGACCGGUUCACUCCCCAAGACAUUCCUAUCGCCACUUCGUCUACGUUCACCACAGUUAUUGCAGGUUUCCUUCUUGGAGGCGAUCUUCAAUCGGCAUUGGCAUGGUUCAACCAGCUUUUGACUCAGGCAAAGACACCUUCGAGUCCUUUCGAAGGCUUGGGCGGCAAAGCGAUGCGACCUGAUAGCGUUGCCUGGCACUUGGUUCUCGAUGCACUGGCAGCGGAGGGCAAUCUCCAGGAACUCAAUCGCCUGUAUACUAUCUACCGGUCUGUUAGCAAAGAGGACAGUCUCCACACUCGGCAAAUCGAUCACGUUCUGAUCCAUCGUGCAAACAUGGACAACUUGGAUAAGCUCGACGAGCAAACGGCUCUUCAAACCCUGCAGUUCCUUUUGGACGACCUCGUUGAGUAUGAACCGGUACAGGAAAAAUUGGAGAUGAAGACCAAUAUCUGCAAGGCGUUCGUUUCAAGAGGAGACUUCGAGACGGCAUGCGCUGUGAUGACUACUAGUAUUUUGGAGCAAUUCCAAGCGGAUUACGAUGGCAGCCUCGCUCAUGUACUCCAAUGGCUGCGCAACACCUCCAAAGACUUCAUUGACCAUGUUACCACGACGUUGGUGAACCGCAACGGCGAGCUUCCAUUCCUUUCUGCUCUUGCCUUGGCACGCAUGGGGGAGAAUCUGGCGUUGCCCAAACAGCUCUCGUUUGCACCUCACAUCCUGCAUGCCUACGGCCGAGCGCGGUUCCAGAACCUCAUACCUUAUUCGGAGCUCAGUGUCAAUGAUUGGGAAACCCUUCUGUCUUAUGCAGCCUACUUGGAAGCGAAUGUGGUUAACGGAAACCCUGAAAAUCUGCCUCCCAUCCCCGGAUACGCGUUCAAUGGUCUAGUUAGCCUACUUGACGACUUGUCAACCCAAAAAAUCGAAUUUUCCAUCUUCAAGCUCGACACGCAACGCAAGACCUUAGAUGUGUUGGGAAGACUGUAUCCUGAUCCAAAAGCGCGCCAGCAGUUCCUGGUGAAGUUGGGCCCAUCAUAUGAGUCAGCCGGGAAGCAGUUUGAUCGACUGAACCUCGCCGCUCUUGAGAAUGCUUUGAAGGAACUGCCUAACCCGUCCAUCGAACGCAUGGAAAGCACAACUAUGCCCGUGACGUCCGAGAGCGAGAACUCCCAUCUCCGCAUUGAUAGGUACCAAACUAAAGUCAUCGAAACGGCUGCCUUUAAACGCGUGGGACGUCGGUACGAGUUUGAUGUCAUAAAAGGAUACCAGGCAUUCUCUCAGGGUGUGGAAAAGGGCGUCGUGCCGAUGCCCCACACGUUCUCGCGCCUCAUCGAAGGCCUAGGGCGUGCAAAGGAGACAGAGAAGGUUGCGGAGCUGUAUCAGAUCGCACAGGCCGUACUUCCGUCCAUCGAGGAGAAGUCGAAGUUUGCGUCGUGGGUCUCGAUCGAGAACAGCAUGAUUAUUGCCCUAGGCCAUUCGGAAAAUCUGGAAGCAGCGCAUAAUCAUCGGCUUCGGAUACUUGAGGCGGGCGGCAGUCCUUCUGCUGAUGGGUACGGAGUGUUAAUUCAGCAUGUUAAGGAUACCACAGAUGAUGCGUCGGCUGCGCUUUCACUAUUCAAUGAAGCUAUCGCCCACGGCGUGCAACCUAAUCUGUACCUGUACAACAAUAUCAUCUCGAAGCUUUCCAAGGCGCGCAAGGCGGAUUAUGCGAUCGAGCUAUUCCAGCAAAUGAAGGCUAGCGGAAUCCACCCGUCGUCGAUCACGUAUGGUGCAGUCAUUGGUGCAUGUGCGCGCGUGGGCGAUGUAUUGUCGGCCGAGUCGCUUUUCACUGAGAUGACACAGGCUCCGGACUUCAAGCCCAGGGUUCCGCCAUACAAUACGAUGAUGCAGCUUUACACAACCACGAAACCUAUCAGGAAUAGCGUUUUAUUCUUCCGGGAGGAGAUGCGCAGAGCCGGUGUUAAGCCCUCCUCGCAUACAUACAAGCUAUUGAUGGAUGCAUAUGGCUCUAUCGAGCCAAUUGACCUCGCGAAAAUGGAAGCCACUUUCGCUCAGUUGCAGAAACAUACGGAGGUGCCUAUCACUGGGGCCCACUUUGCGUCCCUCAUAAAUGCGUAUGGGUGUGUCAACAAAGAUCUCGACAAGGCCAUUUCCAUCUUCGAAACGAUGCACAAGGUACCUCGCGCUCCGGCUCCCGACGCGGUCGUAUUUGAGGCGCUCAUCAACGCCAUCGUCGCACACAAGCGCACCGACCUAAUUCCGGUGUAUGUGUCCAAGAUGAGCGAGAGCGGCGUGCACAUGACGGCGUACAUUGCCAACUUUUUGAUCAAGGGAUACGCGAAUGUGAACGAUAUGAACCAGGCAAGGGCGGUGUUUGAGUCGCUUUUGGACCCACCAACGGGUGUGGCGGCGCCAAAUAACCAUGCACCGCAUGAUUCGAACACUCCUGGUGUCCCCGUCAUGGAGCCUGUGUACCGUGAGCCUUCGACUUGGGAAGUGAUGGUUCGCGCGGAACUUGGAUGCGGUAAUCGUCGGGGUGCACUGGCGCUUCUGGAACGGUUGAGAGAAAGACAAUACCCGGAGGCUGUCUAUAACCGUAUCAGUGGAGUCUUGACCGACCACUCGGUACCACUAUAA